CUGGUGCCCACACAGGCAAGCCACCAGGCCACAACACCCACCUCACCUCCAGCUCCUUCUGGGGAAGCCAGCUGAACCAUGUCUGUAAGCAGUGGACCAAUCGGAGCAUCCCUGACCCAGGAGAUCCUCAGCUCGCUGGGUCUUGCCAACAAGGCAGCAGCUUGGGGGACUCUGGGCACCCUCAGGACUUUCUUGAGCUUCAGUGUGGACAAGGAUGUUCAGAAGCUGCUGAAGGCCAUUACAGGGCAAGGUGUGGAACACAGCACCAUUGUGGAUGUACUGACCAAUCGGAGCAGAGAGCAAAGACAGCUCAUUUCUCGAGCCUUCCAAGAGCGUACCAAACAGGACCUCCUAAAGUCCUUGCAGGCAGCACUGUCUGGCGACCUGGAGAAAAUUGUGGUGGCUCUCCUACGGCCUGCAGCCCAGUCUGAUGCCCAGGAAUUGAGGACAGCCUUGAAGGCCUCAGGUUCUGCUGGAGAUGUAGCCUUGGAAAUUCUGGCCACCCGAGCAGCACCCCGACUGCAGGAGUGCCUGGCAGUAUAUAAACAUGAUUUCCAGGUGGAGGCUGAGGAAGAUAUCAGAACCGAGACCAAUGGCAUCUUGCAGGACCUGCUUCUGGCCCUGAGCAAGGGGGGCCGCGAGAGCUACUCUGGAGUCAUUGACUACAACUUGGAAGAACAAGAUGUCCAGGCACUCCAGCAGACCGGAGGAUCCAGUACAGCAGGUCACUGGGUCCUGAUCUUUACACAACGCAGCCCUGAACACCUCAUCCGAGUGUUUGAUCAGUACCGGAGAUGCACUGGGCGAGAAUUAGAGGAUGCUGUCCGCAACUGUUUCCAUGGAGAUGCCCAGUGGGCUCUGCUCAGCCUGGCUUCCAUAAUGAGAAACACAGCGCUGUACUUCGCUGACAAACUUCACCAAGCCCUUCAGGAAACUGAGCCUGAUUUCCAAGUGCUGACCCGAGUCCUUGUCUCCCGGAGCGAGAUCGAUCUUCUAAGCAUUCGGGCUGAGUACAAGAAGAAAUUUGGGAAGUCUCUGUAUUCUUCUCUCCAGGAGACAGUGAGAGGGGAUUGCCACUCGGCCCUCCUGGCCCUGUGCAGAGCCGAAGACAUCUGAGACCUUGCGGACCCACCCUGACAUGGCAUUCAAGAAUCUGGAGAUUCCCAUGUUUGGUUGAACACGUGGGAGACCCCCAAACGAACACCAUAUACCCUAACUUCCUCUUGUGGCUGGUUCUCUAAAUUUCUUUGAUAUCCUUGGCUUUCCCUCAUCUCUAGUCACAUUUUGGGGAUGAGGAAUAGGAUGUCUUUGAUAGUGUCUGCCCUAUUCAUCAGUCCAUACCACAGCCAGAACAUCUCCAUGCUAGUUGAACCGUUUGGCAAAUCCACUGUCUUUUUAAGU